AUGGCACGAAUUAGUGCACUUUAUGGUAGAAAGUGUCAUUCUCCACUCGCUUGGGCGGAGAUUGGUGAAAGCCAACUCAUUAGGCCGGAAAUAGUAGUCGAAACGACAAAAGUGGUUUCUCAAAUUAAAGAGAGAUUACAAUUGGCCCGAGAGAGACAAAAGAAAUACGCCGAUGUGAGGCGUAAACUAUUGGAGUUCAAUGUUGGUGAUCAUGUGCUUUUAAAAGUCUCCCCGUGGAAAGGUGUUGUACGUUUUGUUAAGAGAGGCAAGUUUGGACCAAGAUACAUUAGACCUAAAGAGAUCAUUAAACGAGUGGGCAAAAUGGCUUACCGAUUGAAGUUACGUCAAGAACUUAGUGAUGUACAUGACGUGUUUCAUAUUUGCAACUUAAGAAAGUGUUUGGCGGAUCCUACACUACAUAUACCAAUGAACGAGAUCCAAGUGGACAAGAAGCUCAAUUUUGUGGAGGAACCGGUAGUGAUUUUAGAACGAGAGGUCAAGAAAUUGAAGAACAAACGAUACACGAUAGUCAAAGUCCGAUGGCAUGCUAGGCGUGGAGCUGAAUUCACUUGGGAGCGGGAAGAGUCUAAAUACCCGCAUUUGUUUUGUGAUUAG